CGCGUCACGGCCGCGGAGAUGCAGCGGGGCACGUGGGCUGGAGACACUUCCUAGAAACGCGCGCGGGCUCAACCCUGCCUGAACUUUCCUGUAAACAGCGCGCUGACAGGCGGCAUCCCCGCUGGGUGGAUCCCGCGCUCCUGGCGCAAGUGGCACUUCUUGCUUUUAAUUAGCGAGGGGAGAGGCGAAUAAGAACUAGCUGCUCGGCAAGUCGGUGCAGGAGGCUGACUUCUGGGAGGCUUGCGGGAGGCUGGGGGAAGAGCUGGGGGAGGCUCCUGGUCUGCUCCGGCUGUUUUCUCAAUGAAUAGCUGGCGGGGAGACUGAAGGCAGCCACAGCCUCCUCCUCACGCCCGCGGCUGGGUGACGGCGACAGCUCCAGCCGGGACUGGCUCACCAGACGCGCUCCUUGGAAUGCUCUCUUGCUCCGCGCUUCUGAACCACCGGUCCCAAGGAAAAGAAAGGCUUUGCGGAUCCAAAUAUUGCCCGGCAAAUGGCACUUGGGUAUGGUGUUUUCUGAUGACAGCCCCUUCUGUUUGUGACAAAGCCUGUCGCCUGCAGUUGGCCCUGGAGGGAAGUCCUAACUAGAACUCAAUCCUGCCUUAAAGUGUGGCUGCUGGGGCUACGGGAGAGCCAGCACGCACCAUGGCACCCACCGGACGCAUCCUCACCUUGCUGCUCUGGGGUCACCUGCUGGAGCUUUGGACCCCAGGUCACACCGCGGACCCCGCCUACCCCAGGCUACGCCUGUCACAUAAAGAACUCUUGGACCUGAACAGAACAUCAAUAUUUCAAAGCCCCUUGGGAUUUCUUGAUCUCCAUACAAUGCUGCUGGAUGAAUAUCAAGAGCGGCUCUUCGUGGGAGGCAGGGACCUUGUCUAUUCCCUGAACUUGGAACGAAUCAGUGAUGGCUACAGAGAGAUAUACUGGCCGAGUACAGCAGCAAAAGUCGAAGAAUGCAUAAUGAAAGGGAAAGACACAAGCGAGUGUGCCAAUUAUGUUCGGGUUCUGCAUCACUACAACAGGACACACCUUCUGACCUGUGCUACUGGGGCCUUUGAUCCACUUUGUGCCUUCAUCAGAGUUGGGUACCAUUCAGAGGAACCCCUGUUUCACUUGGAGGCCCACAGGUCUGAGAGAGGAAGGGGCAGAUGUCCUUUUGACCCCCGCUCCUCCUUCGUCUCCACUCUAGUUGGCAGUGAACUGUUUACUGGCCUCUACAGUGACUACUGGGGCAGAGACUCGGCGAUCUUCCGCAGUCUGGGGAAGCUGGGCCAUAUUCGCACGGAGCAUGACGACGAGCGACUGCUGAAAGAACCGAAAUUUGUAGGUUCGUACAUGAUCCCUGAUAAUGAAGACCGGGAUGACAACAAAAUGUACUUCUUUUUUACUGAGAAGGCAUUGGAAGCGGAGAACAGUGCCCAUACGAUCUAUGCCCGCGUGGGGCGGCUGUGCGUGAAUGACGUGGGAGGACAGAGAAUAUUGGUGAACAAGUGGAGCACAUUCCUUAAAGCGAGGCUGGUUUGCUCUGUACCAGGAAUGAAUGGAAUCGACACGUAUUUUGAUGAGCUGGAGGAUGUGUUUUUACUGCCUACCAGAGAUCCUAAGAAUCCAGUGAUAUUUGGACUGUUUAACACUACCAGCAAUAUAUUUAGAGGCCAUGCUAUAUGUGUCUAUCACAUGUCAAGUAUCCGGGAAGCCUUUAAUGGCCCAUAUGCACAUAAAGAAGGCCCUGAAUACCACUGGUCACUAUAUGAAGGAAAAGUCCCUUACCCAAGGCCUGGUUCUUGUGCCAGCAAAGUGAACGGAGGGAAGUAUGGAACCACCAAAGACUACCCUGAUGAUGCCAUUCGAUUCGCAAGAACUCAUCCACUAAUGUACCAACCCAUAAAACCUGCUCACAAAAAACCAAUACUAGUAAAAACUGAUGGAAAAUACAACCUGAAGCAACUAGCAGUGGACCGAGUGGAGGCUGAGGAUGGCCAGUACGAUGUCUUAUUUAUUGGGACAGAUACAGGAAUUGUGCUGAAAGUGAUCACAAUUUACAACCAAGAAACAGAGUGGAUGGAAGAAGUCAUUCUAGAGGAACUUCAGAUAUUUAAGGAUCCAGUUCCUAUCAUUUCCAUGGAAAUCUCUUCAAAGAGACAACAGCUCUACAUCGGAUCACCCUCGGCUGUGGCUCAGGUCAGAUUCCAUCACUGUGACAUGUAUGGCAGUGCCUGUGCUGACUGCUGCCUGGCUCGAGACCCUUACUGUGCGUGGGAUGGCAUAUCCUGCUCCAGGUAUUACCCAACAGGCGCACAUGCAAAGAGGCGGUUCCGCAGGCAGGAUGUUCGGCAUGGUAAUGCUGCCCAGCAGUGUUUUGGACAACAGUUUGUCGGAGAUGCUUUGGACAGGACUGAAGAGAGGCUGGCUUAUGGCAUAGAGAGCAACAGCACUCUGCUGGAAUGCACCCCACGGUCCUUACAAGCGAAAGUCAUCUGGUUUGUACAGAAAGGACGUGAGAUGAGAAGAGAAGAGGUGAAGACAGAUGACAGAGUGGUGAAGAUGGACCUGGGUUUACUCUUCCUCAGAGUGCGCAAAUCAGAUGCGGGCACCUAUUUUUGCCAGACAGUAGAGCAUAGCUUUGUCCACACUGUGCGUAAAAUCACGCUGGAGGUAGUGGAAGAGCAGAAAGUGGAGGGGAUGUUUCACAAGGACCACGAGGAGGAAAGGCAUCACAAGAUGCCCUGCCCCCCCUUAAGCAGUCUGCCGCAGGGCACGAAACCCUGGUACAAGGAGUUCUUGCAGCUGAUUGGCUACAGCAACUUCCAGAGAGUGGAAGAAUACUGCGAAAAGGUGUGGUGCACAGAUAAGAAGAGGAAAAAGCUUAAAAUGUCUCCUUCCAAGUGGAAGUACGCCAACCCCCAGGAAAAGAGGCUCCGUUCCAAACCCGAGCACUUCCGCCUGCCCCGGCACGCGCUGGACUCCUGAGGGCGCCCCCUGCCGGCUGCCGAGGGCCGAGCCUGGGGACCUUCCAAGGGAAGAGGAAACCGAGACAGACAGCAGGGACAGACGGACGCCUUUCCCGUGCUGCAGAGAGAGGCGGGAAGCUGGUUAAGUUAUUCUGCAUACUCAUCCUCCUGUACAAACCCAGUGCCAGUACUUAAGCGAGUGUAUUGCUUCUAAGGCUUCACUUUGUAUUUAUCAAUACAUGACCGUGGCUGUAAUUUUGAGUUUGAGCUGCUUUUCAGGGAAAUUAUUUCACCAUUGGAAUAUUUAAUGUAAUUAUAAUAUUAAAGAAAAAGUUAUAGAUUUUCAUAAUCAUAAAAAUGUAAAACUAAGUCAGCUUUAAUCUUUCUGGAGUUUUCCUUGUAACCAUAAGGUAAAAUGCACAGAAUACCAGAUACUUUAGGAUUCUCCUGUGAACUUCCUAUUCUGUUGCGGAUUUUUUUAAGUCAUGUGUUUUGAGUAGUUGUGUUGUGAUUGCUAUAAACCAACCGUAAAAGCAACCUGCGGCCCGCAGUUCUGAGACUUGUUCCUUCCAUGAGACAUUCACUAAACUGUAUUAAAUACUUCUGUUUUAUAAACAAGAUAUAGCCUUUAAAUUUCACUCCAGUGUGGAAGGAAGAUAAUCUCUCAGAAAGAUAUUUCAAAUAAUGUCAACCAUGAAAGUAGAAUUCUAAUCAAAAGGUCUGUGCUGCCCUCUUGUGGUAGAAGAAGGCAUAGUCGCUUAUAGAGCUGUUUUCCGCAAUUACCCCGCAAAGAUACAUCUAGUUCAUUUUCAGAAAAUUCAAAUAAGAAAAACCAUAAUGCUUAUACCAUGGUUUAAUAUGGAAAUAGCAUGCUUGUAGAUAGUUCAUGACUUCACAAUACAGUGAAGAUAUUAGCAGGAUUCGAGCUUUUAAAACGUAAAAGGCUCGCUUGUUGCUAACUCUUCCCUGAGACCCGAAAUACUGGAAGUGUGCUCUCCUGAAAAGGAACUGUCAAAGCAUUUUCUAUGAACAAAAAUUGCUCCUUGAUUCAUUUAACUACUGAAAUCUUCAGAGAAUCAUUAUCUUUGUCUUAUAAAUAUUACCAAAAUUUAUAUUUUUCAGAAUGUUUAUUUCUUGAAAUCUUUCUUCUUUGUAUUUUACAGAGUUACCUUUCUAAAAUAGGAGACUUUUCAGGUAAAUAAGAGUAAAGCAAGUAGAUAAAAGCAUUCAAGAAUAGCUAUUCAGACAUUACACUUAAAUAUUUAGGUCUGCUAUCUCAGUAUGCCAUAUAAUUAAGUGUUGAAAACUUCUAAUGGAUUUCUUUUUCACUCUAAGAUGAGUAUUACUCACACAAAUAUUCCACAGAGGUUUUUAAAGUCCAGUAAUUUCUAAAAUGUAAAGAGAAAUUUUAGCUCCUCUGAAAAGUUCAUGUGUUAUUGCCCCCAUAAUCCACUGGGGGUCAUUGUUGUCCACCAAUAGUAAUUGAAAAAGAGUUGACUUGGAAACUUUUUAAAAUACUGUAUUUCGGGAACACAAGGAAGUGGAGGGAGACGGGGAAUUAAAACUAUAAACACAGCCCACUAGUUCCUAAGAAACAUGUAUGUCUGGAUUACUCCAAGGGGACAGACAAUCCAUGUAAGAAAUUUUAAGUCAAUUCUUCCACUAAGCAAAUUAAAGAUAAGGGGAAGAUUUUCUCUUAGAUCCAUGUUGAAUAAUAAAAUGAAGUAAAGCAGAUAAACAUAAGCGCGUUUUAAUCUUAAUGCGCUGGUAGGCAGUUAAAGAGGAAAAUGAUGACAUUGUGAGCUAAGAAUUCAAACACUUUUUUAAACAAUUUAAUUAUUAAAUGCACAAGAAGUCUAUGUGACUAAAAUAAGACAUUAAUCAGAAAAAAAAUUAAAUUAAAUGACUAAAGAUUGUUCUGGGAAAAUAAGUUCAAUCCAAAGAUAGUUUUAAAAUAUAUCGAUUAAAGUGAAAUCUGACAAAAUGUAGAGGGCCUGGGUCCAAAUUGAAGGAGAACACGAUGAUAUAUAAAUAUGUGUUUAUAUGUACUAUAUUCAUGUAUUAUAUAUAUAUGCUUCUACAUACCUGUUUAUGGUAGCAGCUUAGGACAACACACUUAGCACUGUCUCUGGUUAUCUCUGCUCACCACCCUGGCUCGUAGACCGCUGAGCAGUGUUAAGACAAAUCACUAAUCCCUUUCAAAGUUCAAACCAACAGGAUACAAAUCUGCUAAGUGUUUUUAAAAGUCUAAACCCUGCUGUAAGCAUCGCUAGCCUUUGGAUGGCCCCGGGGUUAGAAUUCAAAAGGACUCUCCUUUGAAAAGAAUUCCGUUGAAAGAAACAGGAUGUGCCUACCUUGAAAGCAGGCACCUUAUCUGUAUGACUCUAUCCAAGGUGAUAAGAGCUAACCUUGAACUACCCAGACAUGACCUUGACCAAGAAAAUAUGUCCUCAAAGCAUACAGCUGACCUAGGAUUCUAACCUUGCAGCCUUGUUUCAAAGGGGCCCUUUGUAUGGCCAGUCUCCUGCUUCUCCAGAGCCCAGGGUACCAAAAAAUGAGUUGCCCUCUCCCUCAACAUAAUGCCACCUACUUAACGACAGCUCCAGACACAUCAGGAGGCCCACACUUAAAGGAGAUGUCAUGACUUUGGGAGUCAUUGCCAUGCCUGAUACUCUGCAAUGCUUUUUUUCUUUUGCACUGAAUACUGAAUGUUUCAAGGAGAAAUUUUCAAUUUUGCAACAGGAAAGAAAAAUAGAAAUAAUUCCAAUAAACCCGAAGCAGAGGAUUAAAAGUCUACAUUGGUCUUGUGUGUUUCGAUGAACAGAAUGUACGUGAUCUGUAUUAUACAUUACACUAAGUGUCUUCCUUUCCACAAUUGACUAAAUCAGUCGGGCGCUUUUACUGAGUAUUGAGCAAUUGCUGUAGGGUGUAGAGUUUUGUAAAUCUUCAUAGUAAUUAUGAAUACUUGUAAAAUUUGUGCAGUGUAACAAAUCAGUUUGAAUGUUAGUGUUAAGCAUGAGAGAAACAGCAGUUGUCUUUAGAAAUGUUUUGGCCUGUCAAACGUAUGGAGGACUUAAUGCUAUAUAGACCCUUUACGUUCCAGGUAAACAUCACACUGUGAUGAAGAGGGGUCACCAGUUCCUGUUAAAUCUACUCCUCAUUUUUCAGGCCAAUAAUUGCUGAUUUGAAUCAGAUAUAAAUGUUAUAUUCUCCAUAAACUCUCUUUUGCUUGUAGCAGCAUUAAUAUAAAUUGGUAUUUUGUUAUCUUAUGGUCUUGAGAGGACAGCUUUACAUAUUGGCUUUCAUUAUACAUAGAAUGACUUAGCUCUGAGCUAGAA